AAUUAAAAUGUGCUAAAAAGAUAAGCAGGAAAACAAAAGUUGCUACUACACCUAACUUCUUCUUAUUUGUAUUAGAAAAAUGAUUCAUUCAUAUGGCUCAUGUUGUUGACAGGUGACAAACAAUGAUUGAGCUGAAGAUGAUUAUAGAGGGAGGAUAAUUUCAGUUGGGAUAUGCCAGGUCCCUAUUUGCUGAAGUUUUUCUUUUGACUUUGGAAUUGACCAACUUACAAAGCCCACGACGUAUUAAUGAAAAUCUCAAAAUCUAGUUUGUUCAUUAAAUUACCUUUGAAAGUAUGCACACUCCACUACUCUUCAAUUUCAUCCCAUUUCAAUCUCCGGGCUUUGUUCAAUAACUACGUUGAUAAAACCAAUGUCCACUCAUGGAACUCCAUCAUUGCCGACUUGGCUCGGAGUGGGGACUCAGUCGAAGCACUUGGAGCAUUCUCAUCCAUGCGAAAGCUGUCUCUCACUCCCAACAGGUCCACCUUCCCUUGCGUCAUCAAAUCAUCUUCGGCUUUGUUCGAUCUUCGCUCGGGCAAACAAGCCCACCAACAAGCUAUGGUCUUUGGUUUGGACUUUGAUCUCUUUGUGUCCUCUGCUCUUGUUGACAUGUACUCUAAAUGUGGUGAAUUGAGGGACGCACGAGUGCUUUUUGAUUGUAUACCUCACAGAAAUGUAGUGUCUUGGACGUCUAUGAUUACUGGGUAUGUUCAAAAUGGAGACUCCCAUUCAUCAUUGUCGCUUUUUAAGGAGUUCUUGAUCGAAGAAGGUGAAAAUGUGGAUGUUUCUAUAGAUCCAGUUGUUGUGGUUGCGGUUCUCUCAGCUUGUUCUCGUGUUUCAGAAAAGGAAGUUACUGAAGGCAUUCAUGGGUUUGUGGUGAAAAGAGGCUUUGAUGGAGAUUUAGGGGUUGCAAACACUUUGAUGGAUGCAUAUGCCAAGUGCAGUGAGCUGCGUCUGUCUAGAAAGUUGUUUGAUGGAAUGUUUCUAAAAGAUGUAGUUUCUUGGAACUCAAUGAUUGCGGUGUAUGCCCAGAGUGGAUUCUCAGCAGACGCUUUGGAAGUUUUCUACGAGAUGAAAAAGGCUGGAAAUAUGAACUAUAAUGCGGUUACCUUGUCUGUUUUGCUAUUAGCCACUGCUCAUUCAGGCACUCUGCGGACUGGGAAGUGCAUACACAAUCAGGUUCUGAAAAAGUGUUUGGAAGAGAAUGUUGUGGUGGGCACUGCUCUGAUUGAUAUGUAUUGCAAAUGUGGGAAAGCGGAGAUGGCAAGGAAGACUCUUGAUUGCAUGAAGGUGAAGAAUGUUAAAUCAUGGACAGCCAUGAUUAAUGGUUAUGGUAUGCAUGGACGUGCAAGAGAAGCUUUGGAAGUCUUUUACAAGAUGAUUAAGAAUGGAGCCAAACCAAAUUACAUAACCUUUGUAUCAGUUCUAGCUGCUUGUAGCCAUGCUGGUCUAGUAGAAGAAGGCUGGCGUUGGUUUCAUUCAAUGAAGCAUGAAUUCAGCAUAGAACCUGGGGUUGAGCACUAUGGUUGCAUGGUUGAUCUUCUUGGGCGAGCUGGCUAUCUCAAGAAGGCUUAUGAUUUGAUAAAUGAGAUGAAAGUAAGGCCUGAUUUUGUAGUCUGGGGUUCCCUUCUUGGAUCUUGUAGAAUACACAAGAAUGUUGAGCUUGGGGAGAUUUCUGCUAGAAAAUUGUUUGAGUUAGAUCCAAAUAAUUGCGGGUACUAUGUUUUGCUGUCAAAUAUAUAUGCUGAUGCUGGUAGGUGGGAAGAUGUUGAGAGGAUGAGAGUACUAAUGAAGAAUCAGGGACUUGUUAAACCACCUGGAUUCAGUUUGGUUGAACUGAAAGGAAGAGUUCAUGUAUUUUUGGUUGGAGAUAGAGAGCAUCCUCAACACCAGCAGAUUUAUGAGUAUUGGGAAGAACUGAUUGUGAAGCUGCAAGAAGCUGGCUACAAACCCAAUAUCGCAUCAGUUGUUCACGAUGUUGAUGAGGAAGAGAAGGAAAUGACCUUAAAAAUCCAUAGUGAGAAGUUGGCUGUUGUCUUUGGAAUCAUGAAUUCUAUUCCUGGGACAACAAUCCAGAUCAUAAAGAAUUUGAGGGUCUGCGGGGACUGUCACACCGUACUUAAGUUGAUAUCCAAAGUUGUUGAUCGAGAAAUAGUUGUCAGAGAUUUAAAGCGAUUCCAUCAUUUUAGUGGUGGUCUCUGUUCUUGUGGAGAUUAUUGGUGAUUUUGCAGCUUCAAGAAUCAAAAUGUUCUUUCUACACAAUUGAGUAGAUUUCUCAAAUAAAAAGGAAAAUUCUCAUUAAUUAAGUAUACUAACAAACAAAUGAACAAAGACAACACAUGAAACUCUCUUGCAUCUGUAACUUAAAGAAUAUGCACAGAAAGAUUAUAUCCUCUUAUAUAUAUUUAUAUAUAUAGAAUAAAGUUCUCAACACAGAUUAGCAUGAUCAACAUUUGGAAAGCGAAACUUAAGACCAGCCUAAUGAGAUGCCCAAAACGUGAGAGAAGGAACCCCCAAGUGGUUUGACUUCGACGAUUAUAUUCAAUGAAUGAAUCUAAGGAGACUAAUUGGUCUAUGUAACUGAAGUACUUUAAAUUCUAUUUUUCAUUUUUAAACCUGGAGCGUUGCGCUUGGGUUGAAUGGUAUGUAUGUAUAAUGGCUGGAUAGUAAUGCAGAAGAAUAAAAAUGAUUGUGAUUACAGUUCACCUUUCUCACGUCUUCA